AUGUCAGCAGGAUUUUCUUUUGAUUUUUUAUAAAGAGAAUCUGCUAUGUAUUUAGCUGCUACUGAAGAUGGUACUGUUCAUAGAUGCUCAAAAUCAUAUACAGAAUAAUAUUUAGAUAAUUAUUUUGGACAUUCUGGUCCUGUUUAUAAGGUUAGAUGUAAUCCUUUUUUUGGUGAUAUUUUUUUAACUUGUAGUGCUGAUUGGUCAUGUAAAUUAUGGAAUUGGACAGAAGAAUUACCUAAAGCUAAUUUCUAAGUAUUUAUAAUUUGAUGUAUAAAAGCAAUAAAAUUUAUAAGAUGAAGUAUUAGAUUUUGAAUGGUCUCCUCAUACUUCUGUAUUAUUUGCAUCAGUUUGUAAAGAUGGUAGAUUAGAAUUAUGGGAUUUAACUAAAAAUAAUAUGUUAGAUCCAUAUUUUACUAUUAUGCCAUAAGAUUAAUAAAUAUGGCCAGCUAAAACUAUGGUUAGAUUUGCUUAAAAUAGUCCAGUACUUAUUACUGGUGAUGCUAAAGGUGAUAUUAAUGCUUAUAGAUUAUAUGGUAAAUUUGUAUAUUGAAUAUGAAAGGUUAUGAAGAUAAUGAUCCAUUAUAAGAAGAAGAGAAAUUAAGGAAACUAUUAUAUCCUACAGGAUAUUCUAAGGGAUAAAAGGAAUAAAAGGAUUGA